AAGGCCCAAAAUUCAAAAGGGAAAAUACAGAAAUAUACACACUUACACUAGUACAAAAUUAGGCGAAAGGAGUCGGGGACUGGGAGGAGGAACCCGGAGCGAUCGAGAUGCCUGUAAAGACAGAACCGUGCAGAUACUUUCAGCGUGGCAGCUGUCAGUAUGGAGAUAAGUGUAGAUAUCUUCAUGUGACUCAGCAACAGCCAAAGUCGAAUAUCUUUGGUGGAUCCCAAUCUGGCUCAAAUCAGCACCAAAAGUCCAAUCCUUAUGGUUUUGGUGUUCAUAACAACUCUCAGUCAAAAGCGGGAACUGAUAAGCCUUUCGAAAACAAAUGGACUCGUUCCUCCCCCGCAGCUGCUACUGCUACUCCUUCAUCACGGAGAUCUGAUAACCAGCCCCAGACAACAAAUCAUGAGUGCACAAAUCCCGAGUCUUGCAGAAGUAUAAUUAAUGAAGAUUUUGAGCGUGAGAGACCACUUUGGAAACUUACCUGCUAUGGUCACUCAAGAAAUUCUCCUUGUGAUAUUGUUGGUGAUGUUAGUUACGAAGAAUUGAGGGCACUGGCAUAUGAUGAUGCUAAGCGAGGGCUGAACUUGCCGUCAAUAAUUGAAAGAGAACGAAAUGUGGUUAAUACCAAGUCUAUUGAGUUUGAAAAUCUUCGCAAGCCCCGUGCUGUUCCACUGAACUCUACUGUUAGCCAAAGCCCUUUCGCUUCAGCUACUGCAAAUGCAUUCUUGCAGACUCCUCAAAGUAGUGCUCCUCCUUCAGUAUCGAGUUUCAACCAGUUUGGUACAUCCCUCAACGUGGGAUUUGGACAAAGGCCAUCUGCACCAGCAAAUAAUGGGUUUUUUCAGCCGAGCCUGUUCAUGAAUUCUAGCCAUGCUUCAAGUGGAUUUGGGACAAACAAUAUUCCAUCUGCAAACGUUGGUUCACUUGCCGGCCAAUCUCAUAACAGUACACGCGGAAGUAUUUUUACCCACAAUGUAGGAUUUGGCAACACUGAUGUCAUGAGACCUGACAGCAACCAAAUAUCUAGUUCAGCAGUGCCAUCACAAUUUCCUAGUGCUACAAGUAGCCAGCCACUUAUUGUUUCAGACGGGCCUAGCUCUGCUUCCAUUUCAAGUGGACAAAUAACUGCAGAAGCUCAGUCACUAAAUAACAUACAAAGAGAGAAGAUUUCUGGGGACAUGAGUAUUUGGUUGAAAAAGAAAUGGACACCUGGAGAGGUUCCAGAAGAAGAACCGCCAGAUGCAUUGGUUCAGAUUGACUUGUAAGCUGUAGCAGUACUUUAUGAACAGGACAAUCACAGCACUUACUGUUGAUAUUAAUAUGCAAGGGAAGUACCCCAAGUGCAAAAAGACAUCUCGAAAUCUCAAGUUGGGUGAGCGCAAUGAAAGGGGAGGACACUAAAAGGAGAGGGAAAAACUUCAUUUGGGCAGGCCACAUGGUUGCAAUGUAUCUUCAUGCAUGCCCGUAUGCCUUAUUUGAAUAGAACUGAUGUGCCAUCUUGUUUCCAAACCCACCCAGCUUAUGAGUAUUUAGAACCGUGUGAUGAUAUACUAACGCAAUAGCUUAUGACUAUUUAGAACCA